AUGCUCAACAGGGUGCAAACCAACAGGCAGAAGCAAGGAAAGUCUAGAGAAAAAUCUGCAGAGGUUCAUCAACGCAGAGAGCUAUGCCACUGGCCCUGCAGAUGCCCAGUGGUACCAACCUGCAGUCCUGGGGUGAGCCUGGUGAAGGAUGGCUGCGGAUGCUGCAAGAUGUGUGCCAAGCAGUCAGGGGAAGCAUGUAAUGAAGCUGAGGUCUGUGACCCCCACAAGGGGCUAUACUGCGACUACUCUGCAGAUAAGCCUAGGUAUGAAAAUGGAGUAUGUGCAUAUAUGAUAGCAGUAGGUUGUGAGCUCAAUGGGGUGCACUAUAUCAAUGGCCACAACUUCCAGCCCACUCCUCUUUACAAAUGUUUGUGUGUGAACGGUGCAAUUGGAUGUACACCUGUCUUCAUCUCAAAGCCAGCACCUAAUGAAUGUGCAGCACUGCAGAGCAGAAAGAAAUCUGGACAAUCCAAAUGUGUUUCAGGACAGCAGGAGCAGCAGUCAACCAGUUACAGAUUAAUGUCAGCUUUCAGAAGUGUACCGCUUGUUUUAAAGAAGAAAUGCCUGGUUCAAGCAACUCCUUGGACACCUUGUUCCCGAACCUGUGGCAUGGGAAUAUCUGACAGAGUGACUAAUGAAAACAGUAAAUGUGAAAUAAGGAAGGAAAAGAGAUUGUGCUACAUUCAACCAUGCCAAGCAAAAUUUCCAAACAGCAUAAAGAUACCUAAAGGAAAAACAUGCAAACCUACAUUCCAGCUUGCCAAGGCAGAGAAUCUAGUAUUUUCUGGAUGCACAAGUACACAAAGAUAUAGACCAACCUUUUGUGGAAUCUGCCUGGACAAGAGGUGCUGCAUACCCAACAAGUCUGUAAUGAUUACAGUGCAGUUUGACUGUCCAAAGGAAGGCUCCUUUAAGUGGAAGUUGAUGUGGAUUACAUCUUGUGUUUGUCAGAAGACAUGCAAUGAACCAGGAAACUUAUUUUCUGAACUCAAACUCUUGUAAGUGGCAACACAGGAAAGAAAAUGGUCAAAUAUUCCCAUGAAAAGUUGCUCAUGCAACACCACUGACAGGUAGCUGUGUUUGAAAUUAAGAGGUUUUAAAUGAAUUCACACAGCGAUCCUUUCAUC